AUGGCACCUUCAUUCGAGCAGCUCGACCCGGAAACGGAAUACGAAGAUGACGAGGAGAUCGACUACAGCGACCUCCGCGAACAAUAUGAAACACACAUGGAAGAAGGCCUUGACACGUUCAUCGUGAUUGAUGGCCUGCCCAAAGUACCCGCCGCCAGCAAGGACAAACUCGUCAAGUUCUUGCUGCGCAGCCUGACCAAGGUCGGCAAGACCAAGGAAGAGAAUGUGUACAUGCCGAUGGGCGAGGAUGGCAACACUGAGGGUUUCGCCUUCGUCGAGUACGAGACUCCUGCGCAGGCGGCCGCUGCGACCAAGGCGCUGCACAUGACGCCGCUGGACAAGAAGCACACCAUGGCCGUCAACAAGCUCACCGACAUUGAGCGAUACGGAAGAGAGGGUAGGAUAGAUGAGACAUACAAGGCACCGGAGAUCCCGGCAUUUGAGGAGAAGGAGCAUUUGCGAUGGUGGCUCGGCGAUGCGGAGGGCAGAGACCAGUUUGUCAUGUACCGCGGCGAACAGGUCGGUGUCUUUUGGAACGAGAAGGACAAUUCGCCAGAGAACGUGGUGGAUAGACAACACUGGACCGAGUCUUUCGUGCAGUGGUCUCCAAAGGGCACGUACCUCACUUCGAUGCACUCUCAAGGUGUACAGCUCUGGGGCGGCCCAAACUGGUCGAGACAGAAGCGAUUCAUGCACCCUGGUGUCAAUCUUGUCGACUUUUCUCCGGAUGAGCGCUAUGUGGUUACCUGGUCUCAUCGUCCGAUGACGGUCGAGGAAAACAACCCGGUGCUCUCGCUGGAGGAGGACGGCAAGAACUACAUCGUCUGGGAACUUGCCACUGCGAAGCCUCUUCGAUCUUUCGUCACUCUCGAUGCGCCAGGCCCAAGCACAGACCAAGAAGGCAACCCAGUCAAGAAGAAGAUCCAGUGGCCGGCUUUCAAGUGGUCUGCCGACGCGAAGUACGUGGCUCGUAUGACCCAAGGCCAAAGCAUCAGCGUGUACGAGCUUCCCAGCAUGAAGCUCAUGGACAAGCAGAGCGUCAAGAUUGAGGGUAUCAUGGACUUCGAGUGGUGCCCUGCUAACCCGCAGCGUGAGGGUGUCAGGGACUACGAGCAGCUUUUCUGCUACUGGACUCCCGAGAUGGGCUCAAAUCCCGCCAAGGUCGGUCUGAUGACCAUUCCAUCCAAGGAGAUCGUCCGGACACGAAAUCUGUUCAACGUCAGCGAUGCCAAGCUGCACUGGCAGUCCGAUUCCGCCUUCGUCUGCGUGAAGGUGGACCGCCACAGCAAGUCCAAGAAAUCCCUCGCUACCAACCUCGAGAUCUUCCGUGUCAGAGAGAAGGGCGUGCCAGUUGAAGUCGUUGACAGCUUGAAGGACACUGUUAUCAACUUCGCAUGGGAGCCUAAGGGUGACCGUUUCGUUCUUAUCACCGCCGGUGAAGUUCCAGCUGGCUCAGCCGUCCCGCCCAAGACUUCCGUCUCUUUCUUCUGCCCAGAGAAGGCCAAAGGCAAUGCUGUUGGCAACUUCAAGCUUAUCCGUACCAUCGAAAAGAAGAACAACAAUGCCAUCCACUGGUCGCCAAACGGUCGAUUCGUCGUUGUUGCUACCGUCCUCAACCAGCAGAGCUUCGAUCUGGACUUCUGGGACUUCGACUUCGAGGGCGAGAGGGAGGAGAAGGAUAAGGACCUCACGGCCAAUCUGCAGCUCAUGAACACGGCUGAUCACUACGGCGUCACUGACAUUGAGUGGGAUCCUUCCGGGCGAUACGUCGCUACCAGUGCUAGUGUGUGGAAGCACAGAGUAAGUUGGAUUGUUCAGAAACACAUUCUCGAAGUUAUGCUAACGAAAGCCAUAGAUGGAAAACGGCUACCACAUCUACACUUUCUCCGGUCAGCCUCUGCGCGAGGAGCCCAUUGAGCAGUUCAAGCAGUUCACCUGGCGUCCUCGCCCCGAGCGUCUGCUGAGCAAGGAGGAGAUGAAGAACGUCCGCAAGAACUUGCGCGAGUACUCCCGCCAAUUCGAAGAGGCAGACAACGCCAAGCGCAGCUCUGCCGACAAGGCUGUCAUCGAGAAGCGCCGUAGAUUGCUCGAUGAGUGGCUGGCCUGGCGUGAGCGUACCGAGGAAGCCCUCCUCGACGAGCGCCACGACCUGGGCCUGCCCGACCUGUCAGACGAGAGACGUGCGCUUAUCAUCGAGGCUGGGGAGGGUGAUGAGAGCAAGGUUGUCGAGGAGAUCUUCGAGGAGAUUCUCGAGGAGACGGAGGAAGUGAUGGAAUAG